GCUCGAAUAACUUAAUUGGAUUAUGUGAUAUCAAAUUUAGUCAGUCAGUUUCGAGUGUUGAUUAGAAUCCAAGUUAAUCGACCACAAACGUGAGGCUGUUUGAUCAAUUGCACGUUUGGAAUAGAGGUCAACGUCAACAAGUUCACUAAUUACAAUAAAAAUUGAAUUAUUAAAAAUUACUAUAUUAACGCCAAAUUUGAAUCAUGUUACUCCAAUCAACUUCAAAAAAGUUGCGGGGUACUAGUCCCUUCGCAAUUUAUACGUUUCAGAGUUUGUUCUUUAAGUACAUUUACGCGUCAACUUAUGCAUUUUUGGGACAAUACCUCAAUGUUGAAGGCCAUCAAUACCAAAGCAUGAACACACUGCUUCGCAAUGCGUGGAGCAUGAAGUGUUUCUUCUCGUUCAUCAGUGACUCAGUGCCAAUCUGUGGACUAAGACGCCUGCCCUACAUUUCCAUAGGUUUAUGCAUCAUCUUCCUAUCCAGCUGCAUCAUGUUUUUACUCCCGAUGCCCGAACCCUAUUUUGACUCAUACACCGAAAUUGACUCGAAUGGAAACUCAAACUGCUCGCGUGACUUGAACGUAAUCAGAAACCCCGACGCGCCCAAUUCUGCUUUACCGUAUGCAAUUUUAUUCGGAAUUGCUUACACCUGUAUGGCUUGGUCUGACUGUUGCAUUGAUGGACUUAUAACACAGAAGUCCAUGCUUGAGGAAGAGUCAAAGCGUGGACGAUUUUUAACGGCCAUCAAAAUAGUAGAGAAGUUGGCCGCUGCUUUUUUCGCCAUGUUCUUCGCAACUUUCUACAACAAAGUGGACUAUGGCGGACGCUUUUGUACAUUUGGUCUGGAGUUCAACCAAAUAUCGUUGGUUGUGUCAGUGGGAUGUAUAGUGACUCUGAUUUACACCAUUAUCUUCACAAAUGAGAGAGAUAUUGAUACUGCAGAUAAGCAUGUUGGGUUCAAGGAUAACUUCUCUAGUUUCUGGGAGUUCCUGCAGACGACGCACUUUCUGAAGCUACUUGCAUACAGAAUGUUUGUAUCUAUUCUCUUUGGGUUUUCGACUCCGGCUAAGAGCAAAGUGGAGAUCCGGUGGGUUGGAGUGGAACCCCUGGUCAAGGGAUACCAGAGUGUAUUGAUCAACCUUCUCAGUGCGCUCGGAAUGUAUAUCUUCAGGCGCUUCUUCAUCAACUCCAACUGGCGCAAACUAAUUGCCAUUCUGACCAUGAUCGAAAUCGGAUUGAGAGGCGGAACUGAAACGUUGGCUCUAUUCGGAGUGAUUCGGAAUCAGUUCCUAUGGUAUGCGGAUGACCUGGUCUUCGGUUUAUUUCAUAUGUGGAUCUUCUUCACUAGUUCAUUAAUCGUCAUCGAGUAUGCUCCUCAGAACUUGGAGGGAACCUCGUUUGCAGUCAUGUGGUCUGUUGCCGCUUGUUCAGGAGCUAUAGGCUCUGCGUUCGGCAAUAUAAUGUUCAGUUUCUUUGAUGUCGUCAACGAUGAAAGAUACAUUCGGGAUUCGGAACUCGACCGAAAGAUGGUUUUCUACACUUUUUGUAUCGACUGGUUCUUUGCAUUUUCAACUAUCGGUUUCGUAUUUCUGCUGCCGACUCAGAAACCGAUGGCUCGAAAAUGGCGCGAGGAGGGAGAGAAAACAGCCAAUAAGAAGACGGCGAUAUGUCUCCUGCUCUUCGUGUGCUCUGGAUUUGGGUUUUCUCUGGUUCUGUCGGCGUUUACAUUCUUCGAAGAAACCAGAUGUCUGAUCAUUGCAGGAGGCGCUGGAUGUUGAUCUAUUUUGUAAUCUCAACUCAUAGAUCUCUUGUCAAAAACUUUGUGGUUCGAAGUUUUUUAGAAUUUUUUUUUCGAACAGCAGCGCUCUAUGGCACAAUCCCCUGAUACUCUAUCUCACUUAAGAUUUUUUCGUUCAGCUUCAAUUAAGCUUUUAGACGAUUACGCGCAACAAUCAAAAUUUAUUUCAAUUGGAAACUUCGAAAACAUUUACUUGUAAAAACUUGUAUCAUUUUCCUACAAUUGCAGUAUCAUUUGCAACAAUU